CCUCUCGAGAUGCAAGAUAUCGACACGCACUGCACCUUCUAUUGCUGCUACCUGCUGCGCUCGCUGAAGCCCGGAUCCCGCAACUACGCAUACGUUGGCUCGACGCCCGACCCGGUGCGCCGCCUGCGCCAGCACAACGGCGAGGUUACUGCUGGUGCCAUGUCAACCCGGAACCGGCGUCCCUGGGAGAUGGUUCUGAUCGUACACGGGUUCGCCAGCAAGUCAGCAGCGCUGCAGCUCGAGUGGGCGUGGCAGCACCCCGACAGAUCGCGCCACGCCACCAUGGAUGCAAUCCCAGACACGCUGCGUCGUGUGGUAUACGGCAGGGCCCAGAAUACACUGGACACAAAGCUCACGACGCUGUGCGCGCUGCUGGCUAUCGCACCGUUCAGGUUCUGGCCACUGAAAGUUGUCUGUCCGAGCGCCGACCUCCACACAGAUCUCCUGAGUCGAAUGCCGAGCACCCUGCCAGGACACAUUUCCGUUGACUUUGCGGAUAUCCCGCUGACGUUCGAGCAGUGCCAGCAGCCUGGCACGUACCUGGGCGCCCCUGCUCCAGGCGAACUGUGCGCAGCCUGCAAUCACAGGCUGACCGAAUCCCGGCCGUGGGGCGCGUGCAGGGCGUGCGGAGCCGCGUGGCACCUGGUAUGCGUGGCCCGAAACGACGUCACCAGCAGUGACGAUCACUUGGUGCCUGGGACUGGCCGCUGCUGUAAGUGCUGCGAGACGUUUGCAUGGGGCCAGGCGGUCAGCGCCUUCAUGUCGUCAAAGUAG